AUGAGUCGGGGUUGUCCAUUGUGCAAUCAAGAUGUCCAGAAGUGGUAUCGCUUAGAGGCAAACGACAAGUUGGUGCUAUCACAUCUGCAGAAAGAGGUUCACACAGGUGAUUUUGUGCCACGCAAGAAAGCCAGUGACCAGCUAAAGAAGGGGGCACCUCCAGGAUCCCUGUUUGCUUUUCACCCAUCCGGGUGGAUUCAAACAGACUUAUUCACAAAAUGGUUUGACCAUUUCCUAGAAAAAGCCAAACCUUCAGCAGCAAAACCAAUACUGCUGAUAUUAGACGGCCACCAUACUCAUACAAGAAAUCUAGAUGUACUUAUCAAAGCUAAAGACAAUCAUGUUACUAUUUUAUGCCUACCACCACAUACGACGCAUAAACUUCAGCCCCUUGAUAAGACCGUCAUGGGUGCAUUAAAGACGUUUUAUAACGAAGUAGUGAGAAUCUUCAUGAGGACGGAAAAACGUGCAGUAACGCAUUUUGAUAUUUGCCAGUUAUUUGGUAGCUCCUAUCUUAAAGUGCAAUCUGGGGAAAGAGCCGUUAAAGGGUUUAGUGCCACUGGGAUCUACCCUUUAAGAAGGAAUAUUUUUACAGAAGAAGAGUUUGCGGCCGAAAUGCAAAAGGAAAAUCAAAAUUUGCCGAACAAUAACACACGUGCUCAUAACGAGCAAAAUAACUCGCCUAAUGUUUAUCCUAGUGACAUAGUUCCAGUGCCAGAACUAACAAAGAAGCCGGCAACUCGGGGAAGGAAAUGUGGGCGUACUAAAAUAAUUACGUCGACGCCCAAUAACGAGGAAUUAGAGCAAUCAAUUAAUCUCUCAAAACAAAAAGUUAUCCGAAACGUUUUCGAUGAACCUGGACCUAGUGGAUUAAAAAACAAAAAGCGUCACAAAAAAAUAUGUCUCCUCUAG